AUGAUUUGCAUUCGUAAACAUGCUAUAAUAGAUUAACAAUAUCUCUUAUUUAUCCAAGAUGGUAAUAUAUGCAUAGGAAAGGUACUAACUAAAAGUUAUACUAGAAUAAUACAAAUCCUAAAUAUGUUUUGCCCAUAAAUUUAUAAUAAAGAUUUGAAUGGAGUUUUGACAGAGAACUAUAAUAAUUUAAUGGGUUCAUAAUUGAAUGGAAAAAUCAAAAAAAAUUAUUCAAUAUGUCUGAUUAGAAUUGCAGAAAGUUAAAAUCUCAAAUUGAUGGAAAAAUACUUUAUAAUGAAAUUAAUUCAUAAUAUUUUCCUAUUUAAAUUGUAGGAGAAGGGACUUUUGGCAAAGUAAGUCUAAAAUGUUAUUGUUUCUAGGUUAUCAAAGUGGUUAGUCUAAUAGACAGACAGGAGUAUGCUUGUAAAGUUAUGAAAUUUAAUAAAAAGUUUUCAAAAAACGUAAUUAUGAAAUAUAUAUAAUAGGACAUUAUCUAUGAAUUGAUGACUAUGUAAUCAUUGAACCAUGAAAAUAUUAUCAAAAUUAAGGAAGUUUAUAGUUCAAAAUCACAUUUCUUUAUUAUUAUGGAUUAUUGUAGGGGAGGAACACUUAGAGAAUAUAUGGCUUAUAAAACAUUGAAUUAGGAUCAAAUAGUUAUUAUAAUGAAGGUAAUUUAAAUUAUAAUAAAUCUCUAGUAAAUUUUGAAUGCACUCAUUUAUAUGAAUUCAAGAGGAUAUAUUCAUAGAGACAUAAAACCUGAUAAUAUUUUAUUGAGAGAACAAAAUGAUGUUUCUAACAUAUAAGUGUGCGAUUUUGGAUUUGCUGCAAGAGUUGAAGAUAUCUUAAUAAAACAUCCAAAUUGUGGAACUCCUGGUUAUAUGGCUCCAGAAGUUAUCAAAUAUGAUUAGACUAAUCCAUAUAAUGAAUAAUGUGAUGUUUUCAGUUGUGGAUCAUUAUUAUAUUCAAUGUAACUUUAUUUAUUUAAAUAUAUAGAUUAACAGGAUAUAAUCUUGAAGUGUAGAGUGAAGAAAGUGAAAUUUAUAAUAUAGAAGCUUAAGUUUAUGAAGAAAAACAAUUCACAUCAUAUAAUAAUUAAUUCAAGAAUAUUUUACUUAAAAUGUUAGAAACAUGUCCUAAUUAAAGAAUAACUGCAAAAGAUGCACAAAAAUAUUUUGAUAAUUUUGAUUUAUUCCUUUUAGAAGAAUAGAAUUCAUUAGAUGUAAUUCAAUAAGUAAAGCACAUUCCUAUCAAAAAGAAUGGCUUUAAUUAGUUAUGA